AUGGGCUCCGUCUUCGACCGGAAGCAGCACCGGGACGAGCUCCGUCACCUUGAUACCACUCCCAACCGCCACAACAAGCGCAAGAUCUCGACUACUUUGCCAUGGCGAGCCUUGUCUCACUCGCUUCAUCCGAGAGAUCGAGAACCUUGCCCGGAGAGGCGCGCAUCUCUACCCGCGCAGUCUAGAGCAUCACGACACUUGUCAAGAGAAUGCGCCCCUGCCCAGACGACUGAGAGCCGCGCAAUACAGAAGCCUCUGACCCUGUAUGGCGGGCCACGUUCUGUUGACAAUGUCUUGGAUCCUCGUUUCAUUUCGGGCAAAGACCUGCGAAUAAGUGACAUCUUGUCGCCUCGUAGGCAAUAUGCGCCCAUGAUAUCGUCAUUCAUGUCAAAAAUGGCAUUCUAUGAGCUCAUGGAAUUCUCCGUAGCCAACUCUAAAAAGCCGUACAGGAACUAUGGGGACCUCUCUGCCACGUCCAAAUCCGGACGAAAGCAGACUUUCUCGGUCGUCGUUUCUCGGCAAUAUCUGGGGCCAGCCGCCAGCACGAUACCUACUACUGUGGCUCAUGGCAGCCUUGCUAUGUUUGGCAGUUCUGCCGUGUCCGCCUCAGCCCCCGCCGUCAUGACAGCUGGCGUCUCGUCGACCGACGACAUGACGAAGAGGAAAGCCGGCCAGAUACCCCGAAGCCCUCGUGUUGACACCUUCAGUGGAAUCCUCGCGAUGCCUUCAGGCACUUCACUGCACGUCCAGAAGGGCCCGACUCUACAUCGAGUUGAAACUGCGCCGCCGACCAACCUUGCCGUCACUCUUGGAACUACCGAGACGCGCCACACGUUGCCAGGCACAACUGUCACCUCAACUGCAGCCCAGCGGAAGCGAAAAAGCCCAUCCCCAGAAAACGCCAACGCAGGUGUACCGCACCUGCAUGUGCCGCUCUCCGGCUCCUGGCCCACCUGCCUUGGCCAUUACCGCCCUGCAUCUGAAGCCUCACGACGACCUCCACAGUUCGAGGCCGUGGUAAACCACCGCGCCACAAGCCUGGCCUUGGUCAGCCGGGCCUGUUGUUUCCGAGAGGGUGCGGAGCUCGAGCAGCCACAGUAUGUCACGAUGUUGCUUCUCAUAGUCGGCCGCUCUACCCUUCGCUCCCGACUGGAGAUGCCUUACGCCCGCCCUCAUCUCCAGUAA